GAAGGAUUCCGGAGUGACGCGAAAGGGGCGUGGCUUAGGACUAUAAAUAGGCCGGCACCAUUGCUGGGCGGCAUUAGACGGACGGGAUUCGGAGGCGCGUUGACUUGAGAAUACGGUCGAUUUAUAUUUUUUUGAGGGGGAAAACGCUUCACAGAGUGUUAAAAUGCAGAUCUUUGUGAAGACCUUGACUGGCAAGACCAUCACUCUAGAGGUGGAGCCAAGUGACACCAUUGAGAAUGUCAAGGCCAAGAUCCAAGACAAAGAGGGCAUCCCCCCAGACCAGCAGAGGUUGAUCUUCGCCGGCAAACAGCUUGAAGAUGGCCGCACUCUUUCCGACUACAACAUCCAGAAAGAGUCCACUCUUCACCUUGUGCUGCGUUUGAGGGGAGGUAUGCAGAUUUUCGUGAAAACCUUGACUGGCAAGACCAUCACCCUGGAGGUUGAACCAAGCGACACUAUUGAAAACGUCAAGGCCAAGAUCCAAGACAAAGAAGGCAUCCCCCCAGACCAGCAGAGGUUGAUCUUCGCCGGCAAACAGCUUGAAGAUGGCCGCACUCUCUCAGAUUACAACAUCCAGAAAGAGUCCACUCUCCAUCUUGUGCUGCGGCUCCGGGGAGGCAUGCAGAUCUUUGUGAAGACCCUGACUGGCAAAACCAUUACUCUAGAGGUGGAACCCAGUGACACUAUUGAAAACGUCAAGGCCAAGAUCCAAGACAAAGAGGGCAUCCCCCCAGACCAGCAGAGGUUGAUUUUCGCCGGGAAGCAACUUGAAGAUGGCCGUACUCUGUCAGAUUAUAACAUCCAGAAAGAGUCAACCCUCCACCUUGUGCUGCGUUUGAGGGGAGGCAUGCAGAUUUUUGUCAAAACCUUGACGGGCAAGACCAUCACUCUAGAGGUGGAACCAAGUGACACCAUUGAAAACGUCAAGGCCAAGAUCCAAGACAAAGAAGGCAUCCCCCCAGAUCAGCAAAGGCUCAUUUUCGCCGGGAAGCAGCUUGAAGAUGGCCGUACUCUCUCCGACUACAAUAUCCAGAAAGAAUCCACCCUCCACUUAGUGCUGCGGCUCAGGGGAGGCAUGCAGAUUUUCGUGAAGACCUUGACUGGAAAAACCAUCACUCUCGAAGUGGAACCAAGCGACACCAUUGAGAAUGUGAAAGCAAAAAUCCAAGACAAAGAAGGCAUCCCCCCAGAUCAGCAAAGGCUCAUUUUCGCCGGGAAGCAGCUUGAAGAUGGCCGUACCCUUUCAGACUACAAUAUCCAGAAAGAGUCAACCCUCCACCUUGUCCUGAGGCUCAGGGGAGGCAUGCAAAUCUUUGUGAAGACCCUGACUGGAAAAACCAUCACUCUCGAAGUGGAACCAAGCGACACCAUUGAGAAUGUGAAAGCAAAAAUCCAAGACAAAGAGGGCAUCCCGCCAGACCAACAGAGAUUGAUUUUUGCCGGCAAACAGCUUGAAGAUGGCCGUACUCUGUCCGACUACAACAUCCAGAAAGAAUCCACUCUCCACUUAGUGCUACGUCUCCGGGGAGGCAUGCAGAUCUUUGUGAAGACCCUCACUGGCAAGACCAUCACUCUCGAAGUGGAACCAAGUGACACCAUUGAGAAUGUUAAGGCGAAAAUCCAAGACAAAGAGGGCAUCCCUCCAGAUCAGCAAAGGUUGAUUUUCGCCGGGAAGCAGCUUGAAGAUGGCCGCACUCUGUCAGAUUAUAACAUCCAGAAGGAAUCCACUCUCCACCUUGUCCUGCGUUUGAGGGGAGGCAUGCAGAUCUUUGUCAAAACCUUGACUGGAAAAACCAUCACUCUCGAAGUCGAGCCGAGUGACACCAUUGAGAACGUCAAGGCCAAAAUCCAAGACAAAGAAGGCAUUCCUCCAGACCAGCAGAGAUUGAUUUUCGCCGGGAAGCAGCUUGAAGAUGGCCGCACUCUCUCCGACUACAAUAUCCAGAAAGAAUCCACUCUCCAUCUUGUACUUCGUCUCCGGGGAGGGAUGCAGAUUUUUGUGAAGACCCUCACCGGCAAGACCAUCACUCUCGAAGUCGAGCCCAGCGACACCAUUGAGAACGUGAAGGCGAAAAUCCAAGACAAGGAAGGCAUCCCCCCAGACCAGCAGAGGCUCAUCUUUGCCGGGAAGCAGCUCGAAGAUGGCCGCACUCUUUCCGACUACAACAUCCAGAAGGAGUCCACCCUCCACCUGGUGCUGCGCCUCCGGGGCGGCUGUUAGGUUCACGAACACCUUUGCAAGUUGCCAAUAGCAUUUGUUUGCACUGUAGCAGUUUCCCUGUCUUUAAUAUUGUAAGGUGAAUGCAAGGUUCCCGUAACCUCUCUAGACUUGUUUGUGUAAAUGCUAAUAAAAGUUUUCCGUUGCACAUUG